CAGACCGCAACUAACCGUAUAUCUCUGUGCAGCAAGAUCACACAUGUCCCCUCGUGGUCCUGACUUUCGAUCUCUCCAAUCCAAUCUCCUUCGCCCUCUUCGUUCUUUAUCAAGGCCCAACCUUGGUUACAGGAGCGUCUUCAAGCCCACUCGACCUCUCUAUCCUGUGCGAACAUACUACGGCCACAUCACAGACUCCAAAAUGGCACCUCAACUUGAACCCUACUUCAAAAAGGUCGAUGAUCUCGCCGAGUCCUUCAUCGAUCGUAAGCACAACACCUUCCUACACUUCUACCUGCGGGGUACUAAUCCCCUCUUUAUCAGGCCUUCGAAAGGCGGUCGCCAUCCCUUCGGUGUCGGCAGAUGAGGACAAGAGACCAGAGGUCGUGCGAGUAUGUUGCUAUGAAUUUGCUCCAAGAGCAUCACAGCUGAAUCUGAAUAGAUGGCCAAGUUCCUCGCCGGCGAGUUGGAGGCACUAGGCGCGGAGGUUCAAUUACGAGAACUCGGAAAGCAGCCUCAUAAAGAGCACCUUGACCUACCCCCGGUUGUCAUCGCGAGAUAUGGCAAUGACCCCAACAAGCGCACCAUCCUGGUCUACGGACAUUACGACGUGCAACCAGCCCUCCUUGAAGAUGGCUGGGCUACCGAACCCUUCACCUUGAGCAUCGAUGACAAGAAUCGAAUGUUUGGUCGAGGCAGUACCGAUGACAAAGGCCCCGUGCUGGGAUGGCUCAACGCCAUUGAGGCUCACCAAAAGGCCAAUGUCGAAUUUCCCGUCAAUCUUCUCUGCUGUUUCGAAGGCAUGGAGGAGUAUGGCUCUGAGGGAUUGGACGAUUUCAUCGAAGCCGAGGCCAAAAACUUUUUCAAAGAUGCUGAUGCCGUCUGUAUUUCUGACAACUACUGGCUCGGUACCGAGAAGCCUUGUCUGACUUAUGGUCUCCGAGGUGUCAUGUACUAUUCCGUCUCUGUCUCUGGACCAGGUCAAGAUCUCCACUCUGGUGUCUUUGGAGGAAACGCCCAGGAACCCAUGACUGAUCUUGUUCGUCUCAUGAGUACUUUGGUCGAUGGGAACGGCAAGAUCCUUAUUCCUGGAGUCAACGAAAUGGUUGCUCCCCUUACUGAAGAGGAAAAGGCCCUCUAUGGGCCAAUCGCCUAUACCAUGGAGAAUCUUUACGAAUCUCUGGGAUCCAAGACCACCAUCUUCGAGGACAAGGAACGCAGCCUGAUGGCUCGCUGGCGUUACCCAUCACUCUCCCUCCAUGGUAUCGAAGGUGCCUUCUCUGCUCCCGGAGCAAAGACCGUAAUCCCCGCCAAGGUCAUUGGAAAGUUUUCUAUUCGAACCGUCCCCGACAUGGACGGACCCACGGUCACCCAAUGUGUCAUCAAGCACAUUGAGUCGGAAUUCGCUAAACUUGGUUCCAAGAACACAUUGAAUGUCGUGGAACAACAUGGUGGCAAGUGGUGGGUGGCAUCUCCCAAACACUGGAACUUUUCCGCCGCUGCCAAAGCCGUCAAGGAAGUGUUUGGUGUCGACCCAGAUUACACUCGUGAAGGUGGCAGUAUCCCCGUCACCAUCACCUUUGAGCAAGCCACUGGAAAGAAUGUGCUGUUGCUGCCCAUGGGAAGCAGCACCGAUGCUGCUCAUUCCAUUAAUGAGAAGCUUGACCGAAGAAAUUACAUUGAGGGAAUCAAGCUGUUGGGAGCAUAUCUACAUUAUGUUGCCGAAGAGCCUAUUCCCAAGGCAUGAUUAAUCGGGGCAUAGAACAAUGACAGUUACCAUUAGCACCUAGAGCCAAGAGAUUAUGAUAAAUGUGUAAAUUGAUGAGGCCGAGGGGGCUGUAGAGCCCCUUCGACAAGCAAGUGAUAAUUUGCUCAAUAGUCCCUGCAGCAAAUACUCCUUUACCAACAAGUCCAUUGGCAGUCCCGCCUU